CUUCGUCUUCUGUCACUGUCCCACACUCCUAUCAUUCUCGCCUUCGACUUCCCAGGAGCGCCCAGCGCCGCGGAGCUUCUAGAACACGCGACUGGGGCGAGCUAGACGAAGCUAAGGAGGCGCGAGGGGUGACGAUGCGGGGCAGGUGACGGUGCGGCGUGGUGGAGGCGGGACAGAGGCCGGGGGAUGGUGGCGGCGGAGGGUGGGCCCGUCGAGGAGGGCGUCGGGGAGAGCUCGUCCCCGCCGCGCGUAGACGCAGCCCCAGCGCCCUCUGGCUCCGUUGGGAGCGGGGGCAGAGGAGGCGCCAGCGACAUCUGCGCCGAGGUGCUCGAGCGCCUCGUCGCCGACGGCCACGCGGAGGCGUCCGACCCCGAGUUCCGCGACAGGCUCGCCGCACAUUUCGGGCGGCUCCCGCACAGCUAUCAGCUGGAUAUCAAUGUUGACAAAGCAACCGAUGUCUUGGUCCACCAGAAUGUCUUAGCGGAAGCAAAGGACCCUGAUAGGCGCCCUGCAUUCUAUGUUCGUUUCUUGAGGAUUGAAGAUAUUGAUCCUGCAAACGACUCCGAUGCAUCUGAAGAAGGGGAUGGUGAUGGUGAUGAUCUCUCUGUAAGGCAGGACACACCAUAUACUCACAUUCAUGAGGUAGUAUUCUCCACAAUCGACAAGCCAAAGCUCCUUAGUCAGCUAUCUGCAUUGCUAUCUGACAUUGGAUUGAACAUCAGAGAAGCACAUGUUUUCUCUACUCAUGAUGGCUAUUCUCUUGAUGUUUUCGUUGUUGAUGGCUGGCCCAUUAAGGAUACUGAUGGUUUGCACAAAGCACUGGAAGCAUCCAUUUUAAGAAAUGAGGGUUCAUGGUCUGGUUCAUCUCAUUCGUCAGCAGCUGAAAGAACACUGCCCUUCCAAGUUAAAGGUGGUGAAUGGGAAAUCGAUAAACGACUUCUGAAGAUGGGAGGGUUGAUUGUUUCUGGUUCUUGUGGGGACUUGUAUCACGGGACUUACCUCGGUGAGGAUGUAGCUGUUAAAGUUCUAAGAGCUGAGCAUUUGAAUAAGAAUGUUUGGAACGAAUUUACUCAAGAAGUAUAUAUACUAAGAGAAGUUCAACAUACAAAUGUUGUGCGAUUCAUUGGUGCUUGCACAAAACCACCACAAUUUUGCAUAAUUACAGAAUACAUGUCUGGAGGAAGCUUAUAUGACUUUGUGCACAAGCAGCAUAACGUUCUAAACCUCACGACUCUAUUGAAGUUUGCAGUUGAUGUAUGCCGAGGGAUGUGCUACUUGCAUGAAAGGGGUAUCAUCCAUAGAGACUUAAAGACUGCCAACCUUCUAAUGGACAACGAUCAUGCUGUGAAAGUGGCUGAUUUUGGCGUAGCUCGGUUCCAGGAUCAAGGAGGUAUCAUGACAGCUGAAACUGGAACAUACAGAUGGAUGGCGCCUGAGGUUAUAAACCACCAACCCUAUGAUAGCAAAGCAGAUGUGUUCAGCUUUGCCAUUGUUCUCUGGGAGCUGAUAACGUCCAAGAUCCCAUAUGAUACCAUGACCCCUCUCCAAGCGGCUGUAGGUGUGAGACAGGGGUUGCGCCCAGGACUUCCGAAGAAGACGCACCCAAAGCUGUUGGACUUGAUGCAGAGAUGUUGGGAAGCAGAUCCAUCCGACCGGCCUGCUUUCUCGGACAUUUUAGCCGAACUGGAGGAUCUUUUGGCACAAGCUCAGGGAACAUCGGGAAAGACGGUCCAAGAUCCAUCAAACUCGAACGCGAAAGAUUAACCCCCAUACCUGACAUUUUUUCUCAAUCCAGUGAUUUGCCACAUCUAGGAUUCGAGUUGCCAAUUAUGAGGAAAUUUGUUUUGCUUGUGUACAUUCGAACAAUCUUCUUGGGGCCAAUUUUUUAUGGGCACCUCAUUAUUCUUAUACAAAAGAAAUUGGGC